CCAGAAUUCAUACCCACCUCUUAUUUUACCACUACACCCCUGGACAUCGCCAGUGGACGUUGGCCUAAAUUAAAUCAGAGAUACCUUUUGCUGAAUUGAAAAUACGACGUAGGGGGCGUUGUGCAUAUGGGCUAAUAUAGCCAGUAAACAGUGCAAGCAGUAGACAGUGGGCCAGUGGAUAGUCAGUACACAAAUAUUGUUAUAGGAGGUAGUGGAAGUGGUGGAGAGGGUGGAGAGGCAGACAGUCUAUAUAGAGUCCAUCUCUCCUCUUCCCUUUAGUGAAGCAUUGAAGAGUUAUUUAUCACCAGUGAAUGAUCACAGAGCUGCCAACCCUCACACAUUCGAUUGGUGUAAGAGUGCAUGGAGCCAAUCAAAUGAAUGAAUUUCACUCUCAGUGUGUGAGAGUUGGCAGCUCUGCUGAUCAGAAUAGAUUAAGAGGAAGUUCAUGUCUGCAUUUUAAACUAUUGCAGAGAUAAAAACAUAGUGUAUCAUUGGUUAUGUACAGGGGCGUUAUCAGGGGGUGGACAGGGGGGACGUGUGAUCCUCAACUUUCAAAAAGGUGGUGUUUGUCCCCCCCAACAUUGAUCUUACAUGACUGUUGGUUUCUGGUGGUACCUUGCUAAAGAUGCAGUCAGCAAUUGUGCAGGAAGUCAUGUUUGUUUAUGUUUAUUUUAAAAUUAUUACCACCUUUGUCUAAAACAAUAUACAUUAUAUUUUAACCAAGGACCAGAUUAAACACUUCAUUUAGUAUUCCCAGAGAGACUCCAAACAAGUUUUCGUUUUUUUCCCCCACUUUCUUUCUUUGUGCGCAAUUUUCAACUGAGACAGGGGAAAGAGUGAAGAAGUCAUCCGGUUCUCUAAAAAGCACACAAGUACUCACAUCCAGAAAGCAGAUAGAGAAGUUGGACUGCUGAUGAAGCAUCGAGAAAUUUACAUUGCCGUCUGCCUAACAACAUGAAACAUGGCUGAGUCGGUGGUCUACUCUGAAGUGAAGUACAAAAAGGAGUCAAAUGCAGACACAGGCCGAGCUGGACCACAGAUAAAAGUGUGUGGCACAGCUCCUCUCAGCAGCAGGAUAGUUGGAGGACAGGAUGCCACUGCAGGGAGCUGGCCCUGGCAGGUCAGCCUCGAGGAGGCCGAUAGUCACGUGUGUGGAGGCUCCCUCAUCAACAAGGAGUGGGUGCUGUCUGCUGCGCACUGCUUCAGCAGUGCCAGCACAAGUGGGUGGACUAUCCAUCUGGGUCGAGAGUCUUUAUACGGUUCUAACCCAAAUGAAGUGUCUAGAACUGUAGCUGAGAUCAUUCUACAUCCUAAUUAUGAUGCCUCCACAAAUGAGAAUGACAUGGCUCUGCUCCGGUUGAGCAGUGCUGUCUCCUUCAGCGGCUACAUCAGACCUGUUUGUCUGGCGGCCAGCGACAGCAUUUUCCACCAGGGACCAGACAGCUGGGUCACUGGCUGGGGAGCUAUCGGAGAAGGAGAGCCUCUUCCAAACCCAGGGGUUCUUCAGGAAGUGGAAGUUCCUGUAGUUGACAACAAAGUGUGUGCUGAGCUCUUAAGCUUUCAAAUCACAGAAAAUAUGAUCUGUGCGGGCCUUUCCGAAGGAGGGAAAGACUCUUGUCAGGGUGACUCAGGUGGUCCAAUAGUGAUGAACGACAACUCUGUGUGGGUCCAGUCCGGGGUGGUUAGCUUUGGGAUGGGUUGUGCUCGACCUGACCUACCUGGAGUCUACGCCAGGGUCUCCCGUUAUGAGGACUGGAUUAAAUCCCACAUCAGCAGUGACCCACCAGGCUUCGUGCAGGUCAUCACCCCUACCCCACUGCUUCCUGUUUCCACCACAUCCAGCGGGACCAAAGUCACAUGCUCAUUCUGCCUCUACAUCCUUCUGUCUUUUCUCAUCCUUUCUUUCUUCUGACUGAAUAAAUCCUUGUUUAUAAUGUUUAAAAG